UGCUAAUUAAUUAUCAUAUUAAAUUAAAUUAAAUACAAAAACUGGCCGGACCGAAAAAAUUUUGCGGCCGGUGCGCCGUCCAGCCGAAAAAUUCUUUCGGCCCGGCGACGUUCCGGCCGCAAAUUUUUUUCCGCCGGCCGACGAACACGUCGCCGGAAAUUUUUUGGCCGGCGUGUUCGGCGACCGGCCGAAAAUUUCUUUCGGCCCGGCGACGCACCAGCCGCAAAUUUUUUUCGGCCCGACGUCGCUCCGGCUGCAAUUUUUUUCGGCCCACCGUGUUUUUCACCGGAAAACUGGAAAACGCGCCGGAAAACUGGAAAACCGACCGGAAAACUGGAAAACUUACUUGUUUUCCGACGAUUGAGGGCGACGGGAGGUUAGCCGACGACAGAAGAACGGUGCUGGCAACGGAGGCACUGGGCUCGUCAAUAGAAGUUUUUGUUGGAAUGAGUCAAAUGUUCUUGAUAUCCGAAUUUAUAGAAUGAAAGGAAGGGAAGAGAGGGAAAAUCCAAAAUUUGAAUUCAAAAUUUUUUUUUUUGGUUGGCGGCAAAUAGCCGUUCACUUUUUUUACUACCCUUCUUUCCAAUCCAUUCCAGCAAAAACUUCCAGUGUGCAGUAAAAGUCUGCAAUUGAACAUCGCAUUAUAAAAAUCAUUAUUCAUAUGUUUGUCCCUAUUUUGUGAUCUAUGGUGGAAGACAAUACCAUCUUCAUUCAUGACAGACCAUAGUCGUGGAGAGGGCGAAAUCAUUACUCUGCAGGUGUUGAAACGGUGAUGGGUGAACAAGUGGAAGCUUGAAACGACAUCAAGAGACUGUGCAGGGAUGUUUGUGGCAAUGGGAUGGACAGAUUUUUGCCAAUGAUGACAAUUUUGGGGUAGGGGAUGUUUGCCUCUUUCAGUUGAUAUAAGUUCUUAGCAGAAUGAAUCUCAAUCUUUAGAGGUUUACCAGAAGAUAUGAUAUCAUCACAGUACCAGUCUGAGAUGUUCCAUUAUCAUGUUGUUGAACUGGGGAGUUUAGGGUAGAACCUAUAUGAGAUGAAGUACAUAGGUGGCAGUCUUUGUUUUUUCUUGAUUAUGACUGGAUGAUUGAGAAUUAUGUACACUGGCACAAGAAAUUAAUGAUCAUUUUGAUGAAAAUGAAUCCCCAUAAGCAUGUUGUAGUCUACAUCAACAGCCACUGAGGGCUGUCAAACUCAAACCAUGCUUGUGUUGCUUGAGAAAGUGGAGCUUAAACAGUUGACAGACAUUUUUUUUUUUUUUGGUUUCCUUUCUGCAAUUUCCUCAUCUUCUUUCUUUUUUUACGAUAUGAAAAUACAUAGAAAUGAACUAUAGUAUAAUAACUUCAUCUCUCCUUCAACGAAUGUCUCCAACUUGGUGGAGAACAUAACUAACAGAAGCUUGGAGUAGAAAGUGAAAACUCUGCCUGCUCUCUGGAAAAAAGAAAUGCCUGUAAGAAAACCCAAAAGAGCCGCGCUAAAUAAUAGCGGCCCUUCUCGACGACGACGGCUGAAGAAGUCCUCCUCUCCAGACGGAUCCAGCAUGGUGUUCUUCAGCAUAAUGCUUCCAAGUGUCAUGGAGAAGAAGAAGCUCAAGCUUCCAGUGAAAUUUGUGAGAAGAUACGGUAGGCAACUGGGCGGGAAUAUGGCUCAACUCCACUUGCCAAACGGCAGCGUUUGGAACGUUGGUGUAUCGAGCGGCAGGGGAACAAGGAUUCAGGACAUCUGCCUCGACCAAGGUUGGGCAAGUUUCAUGGACAAGAACUCUGUCUUGCUGCAUUAUUUCCUCACUUUCAAAUACGUUGGGGAGUCGAUCUUCCAUGUCCGGAUAUACGACUUGAGCACCUGUGAGAUCCCCUACCCACCAAUUCAUGAUCCUACCGACAACGGCGGCGAAUCAUCUGUCAUUUACCUCGGCUCCACGAAAUCGGAAGAUAAUGAUGAUGACGAUAAUGGGGUUGAUGAUGCUCUAGAUUCGCAUGGUGAAGAGGAAUGGGGUCCGAUCUUGAAUGGCCUAGAAGCUAGAGAAAUCUACUUGAGCUGCAAGUUCUCUUGUACGUUCAGGAAAUUGUCAGAAGCAAGCAAGAAGGCGCUGAGCGAGGCAAUAAGGAACAAGCUCGAAGACGGUCCUUCGUUCGUUGCUGUAAUCAUGUCCCGUGGACGUCAUAAUCUGAAUGUACCUACGGGAUUUGUGAAACAGAACAUGACCGGGGAUGGCGAGGCUGUGAUUCUGAAGGAGGUUGCAGGAGGAGGGAAAUGGGUUGUUGAAGCCAGUUUUGGUAGUGACGGGAUGUUCAGGCUGCUGGGAGAAGAAUGGCAGAGGUUUUACCGUGAGAACAAUUUGGAAACAGGGGAUGUGUGCCUCUUUCAGCUGAUGCCAAAGGAGAAGGUUGAGUUUCUGGUUUCAAUCUACAGGGCCUCUCCGUUUCGAGGGUAGUCAAGUUUGAAGGUGAUCGGUUUGGGGUUGAAGUUCAUUUUGGGGUUAGGAAAAUGUAGUGCUUUGACUCUCUGUUGAACUUGUGAUGAUUGUGAUCAGUAAGGUCUUUUUUUGGGGGUUGGAACUUCUGUGCGAUUAGGUCUGGUUUAUUUCCUUUGUCAGUAGGGUCUGGGGUGGUUUUGAUAAUUAAGGUGUUUGAAAUUA